GCCAGCAAAGGCCAAACACGCAGAGCGAGCGAGCGAGCGAGCCAACAGGGGUAGCAAGAAAUGGCUCACUGUCUGCAACUCUCUUCUCCAUCUUUCUCUCAUGACCACCAAGUCUUCUGCAACUCUCUCACUCCUCUCCAACCAGUUUCGCGACCCACAAGUUUAAGCUACACUCUCAUGACCACCAAGUCUUCUGCAACUCUCUCACUCCUCUCUUCUCUUUCAAGACGUUCUCUACGUAUCACCCAAGUCAAUCUCCAAAACCCAAAUUCACAACAAACCCAUGACCUUAAUCCCUCAAAACCACCGAAUUCUCAAUCCCCAGAUGAAAAAAUCGGAUUUUCAUCGAAAAGCUACGCCUGGGUCAACCCCAGAAGUCCCAGAGCUUCACAACUUCGCCGGCGAUCCUAUGAUUCCAGGUAUGCUUCUCUCAUCAAAGUUUCUGAGUCUUUGGAUUCAUGUAACCCAACUCAAGAAGAUGUUUUUAAUGUAUUGGUUGAUUUGGGUGAUAAGAUUAUAGAGCAAGACGCUGUAGUUGUUCUUAAUAACAUGUCGAACCCCGAUACAGCACCGAUUGUGCUUGAGUACUUCCGGCAGAGGUUGAAGUUGAAUAAAGAGGUGAUUCUUUAUAAUGUGACAAUUAAGGUGUUUAGGAAGAAUAAGGAUUUGGAUAAAGCAGAGAAGCUUUUUGAUGAAAUGCUUGAGAGAGGGAUUAAGCCUGAUAAUGUGACGUUUUCUACAAUAAUUAGCUGUGCAAGGAGGUGUUCAUUGCCAGAAAGGGCUGUGGAGUGGUUUGAGAAAAUGCCCCAAUUUGGAUGUGAACCUGAUGAUGUUACUUACUCCGUGAUGAUUGAUGCCUAUGGCCGUGCUGGUAAUGUCAAUAUGGCAUUGAGCCUGUAUGAUCGUGCGAGAACAGAGAAAUGGCGCAUUGAUGCUGUGACAUUUUCAACACUGAUUAAAAUUUAUGGGAUGUCUGGGAAUUUUGAUGGAUCCUUGAACGUGUAUGAAGAGAUGAAAGCUCUUAAAGUGAAGCCAAACGUGGUUUUAUACAACGCUUUGUUGGAUUCCAUGGGAAGAGCCAAGAGGCCUUGGCAAGCUAAGACCAUCUACAAGGAGAUGAUAGACAAUGGGUUUUUCCCGAAUCAUGCAACUUAUGCCGCACUCUUAAGGGCUUAUGGUAGAGCUCGCUAUGGUGAAGAUGCUCUCAAUGUGUAUAAAGAAAUGAAGGAGAAGGGGAUGGAGUUGAACGUUGUUCUUUACAAUACACUUUUAGCUAUGUGUGCUGAUGUGGGCUAUGCUGAAGAAGCUGUCCAGAUUUUUGAGGAUAUGAAGAGUACGGAGACUUGCAAACCUGACAGUUGGACAUUUUCUUCCAUGAUUACCAUAUAUUCCUGUAGUGGAAGAGUCUCAGAAGCAGAGGCCACACUGAAUGAGAUGUCAGAAGCAGGUUUUGAGCCUAAUAUUUUUGUCCUGACCUCACUCAUUCAGUGCUAUGGGAAAACCAACCAAACUGAUGAUGUUGUGAGGACAUUUAAUCGGCUGCUGGAGUUGGGGAUAACUCCUGAUGAGCGAUUCUGUGGUUGUCUUCUUAAUGUGAUGACACAAACACCGACAGAAGAACUCAGUAAGCUCGCUGAUUGCAUUGAGAAGGCUAAUUCAAAACUUGGCUUUCUGGUGAAACUCCUGGUGGUGGGGGAAAACAUUGGAGAUGCCUUUAAGAGGGAAGCUGCUGAACUCUUUGAUUCUAUAAGUGCUGAUGUAACAAAAGCGUACUGCAAUUGCUUAAUCGAUCUCUGUGUCAACCUCAAUCAGUUGGAGAGAGCUUGCGAGUUAUUAGACCUUGGGCUUACACUUGAAAUAUAUACAGAUAUACAGUCCAAAUCUCCAACCCAGUGGUCUCUACAUCUGAAGAGUCUUUCCCUUGGGGCAGCUUUGACUGCAUUACAUGUCUGGAUGAAUGACUUGUCCAAUGCACUGAAGAAUGGGGAAGAGCUUCCAUCACUCCUUGGGAUCAAUACCGGGCAUGGGAAACACAAAUAUUCGGACAAAGGUUUGGCAGGUGUAUUUGAGUCGCAUCUCAAGGAUCUAAAUGCCCCUUUCCAUGAGGCUCCUGACAAGGUUGGCUGGUUUUUGACGACCAAGGUUGCAGCCAAGUCAUGGUUGGAGUCCAGACUAGUUGCUGCUUAGAUUAUGUGCUUAUGAGGGUUUAAUAUUCUAGGAUUGGCUUCUGAUGUUGAUGCAUGAUAAAAAUGGUAUAAGCUGUUUUCAAAUUUUUCUUUCCCAUGUUUUUGGCCUUAUAUAGCUAUUGUGGUAGAGAAAAUUUUCUAUUAAUACAUGAAAAAGAAAAGGCUAUUUAUAUAUUGGCUGAUUUGUUUUCUAA